CAACGGAAAUCGAGUUCGAAGCUUACGCAAUUUAGUUUUAAUUCUUCUUGAUAUGAGAUAUAACAAUAUAAUACAAAAAAAAAUAACUAUUAUUUUAAAAACCUACUCAUCCAACCAAUAAAUUCAAAUGAGAUGACUCUAAACUAGAGAAAGAAAAGUUUUCUUGCUUUAAUAUGAGCAGCCCAAUUGGCAUUUCUAUUGACAGCGCAAAACUCAAUUUUUACAUGGAUUUACAUCAAAAUUACAUUAUUACGAAAUCAUUGUUUGAAAAUAUAUAUACGUCUUUCUCUGUGUUUUCGGUACAGGUUGCAAACGAUUCGACUUAUGUAAUAAUUUUUUUAUUGGUGGAGUUGGAAGCGAAGUAGCUUAUACAAUGACAAAGAAAAAUCGUAUUUCCUAAAAUGGUAGGAGUUGAUUUUGGUUCUUGACUUCCAUCUAUCUUGACUCUUGUUCUUUUCUUUUCUUUUAUUUUAUUUUUCUCCAUCACACGGGUAAUCUUUUGAGGAAAUGUUUUUAUCAACUGAGGUACAUAUGCCAAGGUUAAAUCACCAAUUGAUACUAAAUGCAAAGAUUAGAUGACCAUUUGGUAAAAAUGCCAAGGUUAAGUGACCAUUUUGCAUAGUCACCCCAAACUUCAACAACAAGCAAAGCAGCCAGCCAGCCAGCCACUUAUUCUGCGGCCCCCACAGCACGUGGAGCGUGGGGGCUAUGACCUGUCAAACAAUAAUUAAUUUGACUGACUCAACUCGUCCUCAUAUUUUUCACCUUCUCUUUUUUCUUCCACUAUUUGUUUUUUUGUUUUCCUUGUCUCCAAAAGCUGCCAUAGAGUUACAUCAUCAACCGUUAUAUAACUAACUGUAAAAUUCCUUCCCCCACAGAAGGAAACCAAAACGAUUCAUCAUUCCUUCCUUCUAACAAAUAACCGGAGGAUUAUUAAGUAACCAUAAAUAAUUCAACUUCAACAUGGGUUUAACUUAACCAGCUUAAGUAAUUAAUUAGUUGGUUAAUUAGCUGAUUACAUACAAUCAAAACUUGGAGGCAGGGAAGGAAGCAGUCGGUGGAGCACCACCACCACUAGCAGCUUGUUAAAAGAAAGGAAGAAGCAUCAAUGCGGUGCUUCGGGAUGCGGAAAGAUGACUUGUCGGCGUAGUGAUGCCUUGCUACUCUGGGGGAAAGGAAAACAGUUAACAAUGGCGGAAUUCAGCAAUUCUUUACCAAAUUAGAGUGUCUUUUCAGUUGAGCAAAGCGACAGGGAAAUGAAGGAUGUGAUGCGGAAGCUCAGGCCUCGUCUCCUCUCAUGGCUCCACAGAUCCGGCUCUGGUCGGAUUGCUCUGUUUGUGAAGCGAUUCUCGUACAAGGAAGUGAAGAAGGCGACGGAUGAGUUUCGGAGGGUGAUGUACAGCAACCCAGAUGGCGUUUCAGCUUACAAGGCCAAGCUUGAGGAUGGGGAGGUCGUGCUGGUGAAAGAAGUGAAGUUUCUUGAUCAUGAGGAGAAUAGUAGUGAUGGUGAAUUUUACAGACAAGUUCAGCUCCUGGCUCGCCUCCAUCACCGCCAUCUUCUUGCUGUUAGAGGCUUCUCCGCGGGGCGCAAGAGGUACCUGGUGUUUGAUAAUAUAGAGAAUGGAAGCUUGAAGGAGCAUCUUGAUGAUCCUCUCAGGACUCCCUUGGAUUGGAGGACAAGGUUGCAAAUAGCCAUUGGCGUUGCAGCAGCAUUGGAGUAUCUGCUGCAUUUCAGUGAUCCGCCAAUGUACUGUGUAUCCAUCAGCUCCAGCAACAUCAUGCUCGACCAGAACUUCAACGCUAAGGUUGCUGACAUCUCCGUCCAUACUUCUUCAACUAAUAGCUCGGCUUUAAUCCUCCAGAGUUCCGACUCGGAAGGUUCUGACGAGUUGCAGCAUGAAAACAUAAUCUUUCAGCUAGGGUUGCUGAUCCUGGAGCUGGUCACCGGACAGUCAUCAGUAAAAGGGUGCACGGAUUUGGUUCAGUGGAUUCAAGAGUGCAGUUCCAGCAGCUCAUUUCACAGGAUGAUAGACCCCGAUCUAGGAGACCGUUACGACUCCAGUGAGCUGAGAAAGCUUCUGGCUGUAGCUAGAGUAUGCAUUAGAUCUCGAUACGAACCUAAAUUUUCUAUUCAGCAGAUAUUCAGGUACCUUCAGAAGAAGGUUGAAAACCCAUAUGAAUUGACAUAUGAAUAAAAUCUCUUCCUUCUUCUACUACUUGCUAGCCAUUAUCAGAGAAUGAAAACAAACGUUAAGA